UUUAUUCCCGGAAAUCGAUGCGUGCGCGUGCAUUUCGGUGCUUGGCGAGGCGCCGCCUGCGAUCGUCGCGAGCUGUGAGCUCGGCGGUUCUUUUUUUUUUGGGUGGGGGGGGAGGAAUGGACGGAGACGGUGCGUUUUGCUCAUAGGUUGUGUUGGGAAUAAGUGUGUCGGAUUAGCGCAUUGAGGCGGGUGUUUUUCGUUUGUUCCGUGAAGCUGGUGUUAGUGUUGCUGGAUUGGUGGGAUUAGUGUGAAAUGACUUGAGCAUCGGAGUUUGGAGGAGAAUAGACGAGCUUGGAGAUGAUGGUUUUCGCGUUAUGUUCAUCUUUUGAUCACGGGUAUUAUUUGUUGGUAAAAUCCAUUCAAGAACUUCGGGAGAAGAAGGAAGGUCUUGUUACUGUGGGGAUUGGAGGACCUAGUGGUUCGGGUAAAUCGAGCUUAGCAGAGAAGGUGGCAUCUGUAAUCGGCUGCACUGUUAUAUCAAUGGAGAACUAUCGAAUUGGAAUUGAUGAGGGGAACGAUUUGGACUCUAUAGAUUUUGAUGCAUUGGUUCAAAACCUUGAGGAUCUGACAAAUGGGAAAGAUGCUUUGGUACCUGUGUUCGAUUUUCAGCAAAAAAGAUGUAUGGGUUCAAAGACAAUUAAGAGUGCUUCCUCUGGUGUGGUGAUUGUCGACGGUACUUAUGCUCUACAUGCGAGGUUGCGGUCUUUGCUAGAUAUUCGGGUUGCUGUGGUUGGUGGUGUCCAUUUUAGCCUCCUUUCAAAGGUCCAAUAUGAUAUUGGAGACUCUCGUUCACUGGAUUCUCUCAUUGACAGCAUCUUUCCAUUGUUUAGGAAACACAUUGAGCCAGAUUUACACCAUGCACAGAUUAGAAUCAACAAUAGCUUUGUUUCAUCAUUCAGGGAAGCAAUCUACAAGCUAAAAUGCAGAAGUGAGUCUCCAGAUUCCUUUCCUCCCCAGGUUCUUCAAGGAAAUGAAGCUCAAACAGAUAACUUUAUUGAGAUGUACCUGAGGCCUCCAUCAGCCAGUGAAGAAGCACGAAUAAACGAUUGGAUUAAGGUGCGUCAAUCUGGUAUUAGGUACUAUCUUUCCCUAGGUGACCAGAGGAUAGUCGACAAACAUUUCAUUAUCCGACCCAAAGCAGAGUUUGAGGUUGGACGGAUGACACUAGGUGGAUUGCUGGCUCUGGGUUACACAGUCGUGGUCAGUUACAAAAGGGCGUCUACUUUUGUCAGUAUGGGCAAUCUCUCAACGUCCCUCGAAACCAUUGAUACUCUUAGCGAGACAUUCAUGGUGCUGAGGGGUACAAAUAGGAAAGCUGUUGGUGCAGAAGCAUUGCGGUUGGGUAUAACAGCACCGUGGAUCACCAAGUCAUAUUUGGAAUUGAUUCUUGAGCGGAAAGGUGUCCCACGCCUUAAUACACCACCACUAUUAUCAAGUGUAUCUGUGACUGGAAAUCAAGAAAGUACUGUUGUCGCCCCAAAGCCAAUUCGUGUUACUCCAAAUCUUGUGACACGGCUUGAGGAUCUGUCACAACCAUGGACUCGAUCCCCUACAAAAUCCAAAAUGGAACCCCUUGUUGCAACAUGGCACUUCAUUUCGUCGGAUCCUUCCUAUGCUGAUAAUGUAGUCUUAGGCUUCUCUCAUGAAGCAACCGCAGAUUCUUCUUCUUUCAGGGAUACUAUGAAGCUUGCUCCUAUGCCUGAUUCAUAUGAUCUUGAUAGAGGCUUGCUUCUAGCUGUUCAGGCAAUUCAGGCUUUGUUGGAGAACAAGGGUGUCCCUGUUAUUGUCGGAAUUGGAGGUCCAAGUGGCUCUGGAAAAACUAGUCUGGCUCACAAAAUGGCAAAUAUAGUUGGGUGUGAAGUGGUUUCUCUUGAAAGCUAUUACAAAACUGAGAACAUGAGGGAUUUGAAGUAUGAUGACUUCAGGUCUAUUGACCUAUCUUUGCUUUUAAAGAAUAUCAAUGACAUAAAGAAGGGUCGGAAAACAAAAGUACCAAUAUUUGACUUGGAGACUGGAGCUCGAAGUGGUUCAAAGGAGCUCGUAGUUUCUGAAGAUUGCGGUGUGAUAAUUUUUGAAGGCAUAUAUGCUCUGCAUCCUGAUAUCCGAAGAGCGCUCGAUUUGUGGAUUGCUGUUGUUGGAGGCGUUCAUUCACAUCUGAUAUCUCGAGUCCAAAGGGACAAAAGCAGAGUGGGCUGUUUCAUGUCUCAGAAUGAGAUCAUGAUGACUGUAUUCCCCAUGUUCCAACAGCACAUUGAACCACAUCUUGUUCAUGCACAUCUCAAAAUUCGGAAUGACUUUGAUCCAGUACUUUCUCCUGAGAGUUCACUGUUUGUUUUGAAGAGCAACAAACAAGUGGCUUAUCAAGAUAUUCUAAAAGUUCUGGACCGUGCAAAGAUCUGCAGUUCUGCUCAAAAUUUCAUUGACAUAUACUUGCGGCUUCCUGGAAUUCCUGCUAAUGGACAUUUUCAAGAGAGUGACUGCAUAAGAGUCAGGAUAUGUGAGGGCAGAUUCGCCGUACUGAUACGGGAGCCUAUAAGGGAAGGCAAUUUCAUUAUUCAACCCAAAGUAGAUUUUGAUAUCAGCGUCAGUACAGUUGCUGGCCUCUUGAACCUUGGGUAUCAAGCUGUGGCAUACAUCGAAGCUUCAGCCUUCAUAUAUCAAGAUGGGAAGAUUCUUAUUGAAGUUGACCAUCUACAAGAUGUUCCUAGUACUUAUUUACAAAUCAAAGGGGUCGAUAAGGAGGCUGUAACAUCUGCGGGUUCGGCUCUAAAGCUGGAUGGCUCCUAUACAACUAAGAGCUAUCUUCAAAUAAUUAUGGAAAGAUUGCCAGCAAUAGAAAGAAGCUCUAACGGGAUUCAUACUCGACAAUCCGCAAGAUUGCAGGAGCUUGUGGAGCUUAUACAAUCUCAGGGAAGCUGUUCAGCUUCAGAAUCCUCACCAAGUAGAGAAGUCAUUCCAAUAGAAGGUGUGAUCGAAGACAUGCAAUCCAGGAUUAAAAGGCUGGAGCGAUUGCAUGCGAUUAAUACGGUCUUGUGGACUUUUCUGAUGUCUGCCCUCAUUGGUUACUCGCUUUAUCAAAGAAAGCGCCAAUAACUUUUCAGACUCCUUGCAUGUACAUAUGCCUAUUUUUCUGAGAUAGUAAUUGCAUAUCACAAGGGCUGAUUCAACUUUCGCCAGGUGGCUUAUCUCGAAUCUCCCUCAGCAGUGAUUUUGCUGAAGAUCAUUAAUUAACCCAGAAUCAGAAGAGGAAACAAAUUCUUCGGGUUGUAGAUGCCAGUGCAGCAGUUGCUUUAUUCUUUUUCUUCUGCAUGUACUUGUUUGGAUAUUCGUAACACGAACACUUGUUAACAAAAUUUUUUGGUUCUCUACAAUCCCAUGGAUCGAUCGAAGUUAUACUGCAGAGGCUUCUGGCUGUUAGGUCCGAA